UGCCUGUCCCCAGCAGGAUGAGCUAGCUGUAAACCACACCAGGUCUAUUAAUUAAUUAAUGUACCCUAACUGCAGGGUUGGCUCCCUCCAUUGUAGUGGAGCAGCUUUCAGCUCAGCUACAGCGGUGACCACUGGUGUGUCUUUUUGAGUGCCUGCGGUGUUGUGGUAGAAAGGAAAGGAGAUAGAGAAGAGCAACAGACAACUGUGGAUGGGAGGACGCCGUCAGCACCAUAGUGACCAUUAAUCACCCAGGGCCAUUGUGGUCGCGUCCUGUACACGGCGCCAGUACAGGCGGGCAGGCAGACAGAGAGAAAGAGGAGGAAGCAGAGGAAGAGGGAGAGAGGGGGCAGGGUGGCUGCAGGGAGAACGAGGGGCAGAGAAUGGUUGGGGAUCAGCCUGUAUGUCCACCUCAGCUCCUACUGCGGGGCUGGGGAGCAGUGCUGCUGUCUCAGUGCUUGUCCUCCGUGUUCUCCCAGAUCCCGGAUCCUGAGCUUUUACCCACAGAUCCCCCGAAGAAGCCGGACCCCGUGACCUCAGAGACUGUUGUUUUUUGGGGGUUGCGGUUAUGGCAGGUCAUUGGCAUCUUUGCGGUGUUUGUCUUGGCAGUUGUUAUCACUCUGUGUUGUAUAUUCAAAUGUCGAAUCCCGAGAACCAAAAAGGAAAUAGAGGCGCGGCACGCGCAACGGCAAGCCGCCAAAAAAUACGCCAACACAUUAGAGACAGUGCCACCUCUGAAUGAGCUGACUGAGAUCCCAGGAUCUACCUCAGAUGCCUCUGCAGUACAGACAGUCUCUGAGCAGGUCCAACCUCAAAGUGCAAACAGCAGCCAGCUCUCAGUAGUUAGGGUCAGCGAGGAGCCCUCCAGCUCCGUCAGUUUGCCUGAGACGGGAUGAUUUUUUUUUCUUUUUUCACCUUUUCUUUUAAUCUUCUCUCAGACAGUCUUCUUGGCUGAGUGACUUUAAAAAACACAGUGUAAUACAUUGGCAACCACUGUAAAAGUCACCUUCAUGCAUCCAGCAUCCGUCUGUGCUGCAGUUAGUCCAUCUGGUCUUCCUUUAACGCCAUGGGAAUGAAAUUCAAGAAAAUAAAAAUGCAUCUUUCAUUCAGCUACAUCACUUUUGAAAGCACAAUUUUAAUUUUCCAAAUUUUGCUUGGUUGUGGAGUUGCACUGCUGCAGUAACUGUGCAGGAGAAAAUUCAACUUUGACUGUGGCUAAAAAUCACGACUUCUUUAGGGCAGCUGGACUUUAUAUGUAGUUUAUACUUUUUGUAAUUUGUGAGGCUCCCCUCUUUCUCAACGCCUAGAUGUUUUUAAUGUAAAUGCACAUAUUUCGCUUCAAGUAUAUUUGCAUGAAAAUGUCAAGAGAAAAUGACCAGUUGAAAUGGUAACGCACGCUGCAUGCCUGUCUGUUCUCUGUGUCCGUCUUUUCCCCCACCUGUCUGUUUUCUUUCCUGAGAUUAGAUUUGACUAAAGCAAAUCACUCACAGUAUCUCCUACUGCUCUUAAUUAAAUAUGAUCAUGGAUGUCA